AUGCAUCUGCUCAAUUCUAUACUCUCCCUUGCUCUAAGCGAGCUUGUAGUUGUUGCAGGACACGUACAACCACAAGAUGCCAAUACCAUCACCUCAAGGAUCCCCAAGUCAGCAAAUGAAUGGGCCACGGCAAUCGCAAAAGCAGACGCAUUCCUCGCUCAACUGAACCUCACAGAAAAAGUAGUAGUGGUGACAGGUGCAUCAGGAUCAUGUAUUGGAAAUGUCGCUGCGAUUCCGCGUCUGAACUUCUCCGGAAUCUGCAUGUCGGAUGGGCCCACCUCUAUCAAUCGUCAGGACCUCAUCACCGUUUUCCCAGCUGGCUUGAGGGCCGCUGCUACCUGGGACAAAGAUCUCAUCUAUCAGCGAGGUUAUGCGCUGGGUGCUGAGUUCAGAGCAAAAGGAUCGCAUGUUGGACUGGGACCUACUGCCGGACCGCUUGGUAGAAACCCGCUUGGAAGUCGGAAUUGGGAAGGUUUCUCGACAGAUCCAUACCUAACUGGCAAGGCGAUGUAUCAAACAGUCCUUGGGAUGCAAGAUGCGGGGAUCCAAACAUCUUCAAAGCACUUCAUUGGGAACGAGCAAGAAACUCAGAGGUCAAAUUCGUUUCUGGAAGACGGCACUGAAAUCAUGGCUUACUCUGCGAAUAUCGAUGAUCGGACUCUUCAUGAGCUUUAUCUUUGGCCAUUUGCUGAUGCGGUUCGAGCGGGGACUACAUCAGUGAUGUGUAGUUAUAACCGCCUCAAUCAGACUUAUGCUUGCGAGAAUGAUGGGCUGCUAAAUAAGAUCUUGAAGGAGGAAUUGGGGUUUCAAGGAUAUGUCGUUUCGGAUUGGUUUGCUACACAUUCUGGCGUAGAUUCGAUUAACGGAGGUCUCGAUCUGACCAUGCCCGGCAGCCCAACCCAAGAACUCAUCGGCACAGGCACAUCUUACUUUGGAAAAAACCUAACUCUUGCAGUAAACAACGGAUCCGUCACAAUGGACCGGGUCGACGAUAUGGUUCGUCGAGUCAUGACUCCAUAUUAUCUGCUUGGUCAAGAUAGUGUAAAAUACCCGACUCUGGAUCCAUCAACCCUUUGUGUGUUAGGAGCUCACUAUUCCCAGCAAAGUUGCAACACUCCUGCUCGAGAUGUUCGCGAAGAUCAUGCUUCCUUGGUUCGUAAGAUAGGUGCUGAUGGCACGGUUCUUUUGAAGAACACGAACAACGCAUUGCCGCUCAAAUCCCCGAAGAACAUAGCUGUCUUUGGAAACGAUGCUGGAGACUUCACUGAUGGUCUCACCUAUGUUGACGGAACAGAGUUCAUUCAAGGCACGCUUGCAACUGGUGGCGGUUCGGGAUCUGCUCGGUUUACAUACAUUGUCUCGCCGUUGGAAGCAAUCAAGGCUCGCGCACAUCAAACCGGUGCAAGAGUCCAGUAUAUCCUCAGCAAUGACCUUAUUGCGCGAGGCGAUUUCCAUAGCAUAUUCCCGUCUCCAGAUGUUUGUAUCGUGUUUAUUAAGACGUACGCUUCAGAAGGCUCUGAUAGAGUUGAUUUUGAGCAUGAUCACAAUUCCACCCUUGUUGUAAACAACGUCGCAAAGCGCUGUCCUAAUACAGUGGUCGUCUCUCAUUCAGGUGGUAUCAACACCAUGCCUUGGGCCAAAAACCCAAAUGUCACAGCUAUCCUCGCGGCGCACUAUCCCGGUGAACAAAGCGGAAAUUCGAUCGUUGACAUCCUAUAUGGCGACAUCAAUCCCUCAGGAAAGCUUCCUUACACAAUCCCCGAACAUGCAGAUGACUGUAACAUCCCAAUUACAAACCUCACCAACAACACCGAUCCAAACGGCUGGCAAAUCGAUUUUAACGAGGGCCUCUUCAUCGACUACCGCCAUUUCGACGCCCACAACCUAACCCCCCUCUACGAAUUCGGCCACGGACUAAGCUACACCACCUUCAACCUAACCACGUUAACCCCCACCAACCUCACAGACGCCUCAGCACUCUCCCCCACCCCAGACGCAACCCGCAAAGUCGAGCCAGGCGGAAACCCAGACCUCUACACGCCCCUCCUCUGCCUCACCACCACACUUACAAACACCGGCUCCCUCGCUGGCGCACAAGUCGUGCAACUCUACCUCUCUUUCCCGCAAACCUCGACACCGGAAGGGACGCCGAGACGGGUGCUGAGGGGGUUUGAGAAGAUGUUUCUUGAGCCGGGGACGUCGGCGCGGAUGUAUUUUGAGUUGCAGCGGAGGGAUGUGAGUUUUUGGGAUGUAAACGCGCAAACGUGGAGGAUUCCCGAGGGAGAAUUUGGAGUUAGUGUUGGGUUUAGUCUGGGGGGCGUGAGGGCGAAGGGGGUUUUCAGUUUGCUUUGA